GAAAUAUUGUGUGAAACUUGCACAUAACAAUCUGAAAAACAUAUAAAAAUAUCCAGUAUCCUGUCGGAAAUCUAGGCCUAGAGGGCAGCAUAAUCGAAUGUAACGUUCGAACUUUUCCAAGUGUACUAAUUUCAAUUUGUUGUUGCUGCACGAUGUCUACACGGAUUAAAAAGACUGGCCCACCGGAGGCGGGCGCGUUUCGUGAAAGGCGAGCAAGAUCAUCAAAUGUUUUUCGAAUGUUUUACGAUCGUGGCGAUUUUCCAAUAACUUUAAUUCACGAUUCAAAAGGAAAUAAAAUUGCUUGGAACAUUGAAAUAGAGCGCCUGGACUAUCAUCAUUAUCUACCACUGUUCUUUGAUGGCCUCUGUGAAACUGAACAUCCGUAUGCCUUCUUCGCUUGUCAGGGAAUCAGUGACUUACUUGAGCAUAGCAUCAACCAAGUACUGCCAGUUAUUCCUCAGCUUAUAGUCCCAAUAAAAAAUGCAUUAAAUACGAGAAAGAAAACGAUUGUCUGCCGGACGUUAAAGAUACUGCAACAAUUAGUGGGGUCGGAAGAACUGAUCGGAGAAGCACUUGUUCCCUACUACAGGAACUUGCUACCAGUAUUCAACAUAUUUAAAUCUAUGAACAGUAACUCGGGAGACGCUAUUGACUACAGCCAACAUAAACGGCAAAACAUCGGAGACUUGGUGCAAGAAACGUUGGAAACUUUGGAACGCAAUGGUGGUAACAAUGCUUUUCAAGGCAUCAAGUACAUGAUACCUACAUACGAAUCUUGUAUUAAGUCCCAAAACACGAGGUAGAUAAAAUGACGUAAAA